AUGCGUCUCACAACGACCGCCAUCACCGCCGCCUUGCUCUGCGCAAGCGCAACCCUCGCCCAAGCCUGCUCCCCUGGCUUCUCCUCGAACCGCAACCUCUCCCCUGGAGACUUCGCCUGGCUCUUUGCAGACUACAGCGUCGACGACGUAGCCGGAUGCAGUAGCCGCUGCGCCCGCAGUUGCACCGCUCCGGGCAAGAAGUACGGCUCCUGCAUGGGCUGCGCCAGGUGGAAGGGCAACGCCCAGGGCAGAAUGGACCUUCCGCCGUGCAGCAAGCCCAUUACGACGGAUAAUGACGACGGCGAGUACGAGUGUCACGGAUACGGCGAUGGUUUCUGGAACUGUAUUACGCCAUGCCCUCCUGGGUAUGAGUCCAAGGAUUUGGGUCGUAUUCAAUAA